UCGUCGACGGCUAGUGUAUAAACUGUGUAAGUAAUCGCGAAAAACACCACAAUGAGGUAGAAGUACAGUAUGUCAGUAUUUACGCUGAUUUAGCAAUUUUUGUCGUGACUUUCCGUUUUCGUAUUUUGUAUGGGAAAUGUUAUACUCCCAGUGGGAAAUGUUAUAGUCUUGUGCGAUUAAUUUGAGGCUUUGACUUUGAGUGCGAGGCUUUGAGCACAAAAUUUGAGCCAAUCUAACUCUGUGUUCCUGGCCAUUUCGAACGGCGGUCUGGGAAUCCAUCUGACAGUCUGUGAAGAGUCUCAAAGCUCUGUUAUCUGCAGACUGCAAUGCUGGUGUACGUCGACGACUGGUCCGCAUGGAACGGCGUGCAGGUGUUGGUCGACGGCCAGAUGCAGCACGGCCAGGUGAUCAAUGUGGCGGAGGGCGGCCUGAUCAUCGACUUUGGCUGCACCGCUCGGCGCUCGCAGUUCAUCGAGUACGGGCGCAUCUUCCACUACGACAGCAAGGAGAUGGGUCGCUCGAAAACAGACGUACAAGUCCUCCUGCGCUACCAUCCCAACGACGCCUGGACAUGGUUCCCGGGACGAUGGGUCCCCGCCAAGUUUGACGACUCUGCGUACGACGACUAUGCAGACUUUGUCGAAGUGCAGCUGCCCCACGGCACCGUCACCGAGUUGCUUCCCAGCAAGCAACUGCGCACCGCAGAUCCUCAACAGCUGCCCGUAAUGCGGGAUGACUUUGUUAUCCGUUGCUGCCCGCUGCCGGCCGUCCGCUGGUCCGAAGAGCCGCACGGCCUCGCUCAGAUGCUCAAGCGCGUACUGAGUCGACACCUACAGUGUGACGAAACACUGUGCACCACCGUGCUCAGCCAGGCAAUUCUGUAUCUGCAGCGUCAGACUCACACUCCGCUGACAACCGCUCUGCUGGAAGAGAUGUAUAAACGUGGCUGCGAUAGACGAUGUACAUCGCAGCCAUUGGUCUGUCACACAGGCCCCAGCUGUAGUCCGCCUAGAAAACGGCGCAAGGUGGAUGAGACGAGUUUGCCCUUGCCCGCGGAGCUUCUAGUGGAGGUCUUCCAGGCCCAGGACUCCAUCGAGCGCGUCCGCUGCCGGCGUGUCUGUCCACUGUGGAACAGCCUUCUCACCACGGAAUCUUACUUUACCGACGUGCGCGUCUCCGGAAAAGAUGCGUAUUAUGGCGCAGUGCCUUUUAACGAUGGCGGCAUGUUCUGGUGGAUGGCCGGCCUGCAGAAAUGCCUGCGUCCGGCCACCAUGGUGGCGGUGAUCAUGCAUGUGGACGGCGACAGGACCCGCAACGCAGCCGAGCCGAUUAAUCACACAUUCAGCGCCAGUCGCCGGCUGCCGACGCUGAUGUUCAAGGACUGUGAUUUCGGCUAUACGGGUUACAACGCCCAUGCUGUUAUAGACUUCACUGCGGAGGAGGCCGUGCAUUCGGUGUGCGAGCGCAUCGUGUGGAAGCAAUGCCGCAUCGUCACAUGCACAGACUUGUCCACGGAACCACGCCCACCGAUCACCAUUGGGCAGCACACAUUCAGCGUCCGCUCCCGGGAAGACAUGGAGAUGCAGCUCUUUGCUCUUGUUGAGCGGGCGUUUGUCCUGCCGCAGCCGCUACAUUUGCCGACGUUGGCGGUAUGGAUCGCCAAUGCCGUCGCUGACAACCCAGAACGUCAUGUUAACAUCCGAGAAUACGAUAUUAAGAUUAUUUUGAAUACGCUGAAUGUCUACCAGAGUGCCGACCCUCGUCUCACCACGCAGUACCGCGACCGGAAGUGGACGGUAUCCCACUUGGCCGAUUUGGACGUCACAAGGCUGACCACACUAACGGCGGCGUUUUUGGCGGAGGUGCUUACACCGUGUGUAAAACCCAAUCGGACUCAUUGACCUUCGUUGCUGCAUCCGCUGGCUUUGCGGCUAGUGCUGGGCAAAUGGUGCAAAGCGGUUUCGCAGCUGCGUUACAUAGAUAAACAGCCAUUUAACUUUAAAAUUAAGAACUGGCUGAUCAGCGGUAACAUUGCAGAUGUGCAAACCAUGCCCUUUUCCGUGUUCUGCAUCGUUCUUUUUUAAUAACGAAAUAAACUUGUUGCUCUUGGGAACGAUGGAGCGUUUUUUAAGAUAAA